GAGGCACGCGUGACGCCACUCUCGGGGUGGGAGUGUGUGGGGCAGCAGAUUUCGGCUGUUCAGAGUUCACAUUGCGGGUGUCUUAGAGACACUCAGCAUUCCACCUCGGCUCUGCGCAGACAGACACAGACACACGCGCACACACAGACACAUCAGCGUUUGGGGUGCUCCACCUACUCAAUAUAAUUCAUAUUCGAGUGUAAGAUACACGCUCUACAUUAACACACCCACACACACCGGUGCAUGUACAUCACCGACUUACACAACAAGGCGGCGAGGAGGCGGAAUCAUAUGCUGGGGGCUCCCUGCUGUUUCGCACGUGUUUGUGUGUGUGGCAUUAGGGUGGCUUUUUUGUUUUAAACCGGCCAGGGCCGUGAAAGUCGAAUUCAUUACGUAAUAGACAAGCAACGCUGCAAAUCCCCUUGCCACAGCAGAAAAGAUAUACAUUCGCACACGACAGUAUAUAUACACACACACAUCUUCUGUGCGUGUGCCGACAGCCUAAGUUAUAUGUUGUGCAUCAAACAUAACUGGGGUCACCGACAAGAGGCGUUUGGGCAUUCACUCGAAAUUCAGAAGUAGCACCACCAUCAGCAACACCAUCAGCACCACCAUCAGCACCACCAUCAGCAGCACUUCAAGGUCUCGAGCAAGCGUCGCGAUGCUGACCCAGGACUCCGGCUGGAACUUCUCGUUCGCGGGAUGCGGCUUCCUGGGGGUCUAUCACAUCGGGGUGGCGAGCUGUCUGCAGCAGAGAGCCCCACACGUCGUCAGCGGGGCCACUCGGGUCUACGGAGCUUCGGCCGGAGCUCUCACGGCGGCGUCUCUGCUUGGAGGCGCCUGCCUCGGCGAAUGCUGCGCGGACGUGAUGGAGCUCGCUCGCUUGGCGCGGCGCUCGACCCUGGGUCCGCUGCACCCGGCCUUCCACAUCGUGAAGAUCAUCCGCGCGGGACUGCGGCGCGUGCUCCCCGAGGACGCCCACCUGCGCGCCGCCGGCCGCCUCUGCAUCUCGCUGACCCGCGUCUCCGACGGCCACAACGUUCUCGUUUCGGACUUCGCCUCCAAGGAGGAGCUCGUUCAGGCACUCAUCUGCAGCUCGUUCGUGCCCAUCUACUGUGGCAUCAUCCCGCCCACCUUCCGCGGAGUGCGCUACGUGGACGGAGGCAUCAGCGACAACGUGCCGUCCUACGAGCUCAAGACGACCGUCACGGUGUCGCCGUUCUGCGGCGAGAGCGACAUUUGCCCUCGCGACAGCAGCCCCAGCUUGCUGGAGCUGCGGCUCAAGAACACGAGCAUCCAGUGCAACCUGGACAACAUCUACCGCCUGUCACGCGCCCUCUUCCCUCCCGAGCCGCAGGUGCUGAGUAAAAUGUGUCAGCAGGGCUACAACGACGCCCUCCGCUUCCUCCGUGAGAACAACCUGCUGAUCCCGAACUCGCCCAGUGCGGGGCUCCGCAUGCCCACGGCCGAGCCGCCCACUACAAUCGUGAGCCCCUGCGAGUCGUCGACCUCCAAGCCGUCCGCCCGUGAGCUGUCCGGUCCCAAGCCGUCGGGCCCCGCGGAGAAGAGCAUCCCUCCUCCGCUUGCACAGAGCGGCCAGGAGCAGCAGUCGCCCGUCCCAAAUGAGGUCUCGCCCCUUUGGGCCCUGGAGGAGAAGCUGUGGGAGAGCCUGCCGCUGCCGAUCCGAGUGGCCCUGAAGAACGCGUGCAUGGAGAAGGCGGGGGUGGUGGCCUACCUGCGCAGGCUCUACCCCGUGCGGCUCGCGUCCUACCUCAUGCUGCCAUGCACGCUGCCCGUGGAGUCGGCCGUCUCGCUCACUGUGCGGCUGCUGGAGUGGCUGCCGGACGUGCCGGAUGACGUGCGCUGGAUGUCGCAGCAGGCCCUGUCGGUGGUGCGGUACCUGUGCCGGCAAGCGUCACGCAGCCUCGCUCGCAGCUGCAGGUUCGUGCACCGGCGCAACCCUCGCAAGUCAGCGAGCGCACCCGCGCUGGGCCGGCGCCCGAGCCUGGCCCUGACCUCCUCCAUGGCCGACCUCUUCUGCUGGUUCCGUGCUCUGGGCUCCUCGCAGAGCGCGAUCACGCUGUGCGGUCACGAGUUCCUCUGCACUCACGAGUGCUGCGAGGAGGAGGAGGAGGAAGAGCGCGGCGGUCGAACCGUGAGCUUCAUGACCGCCGAGGAGGAGGAAUCGAGCGACGAGCAAGACUGAGCGUUUUGUGGCCUUACGGCAAGUCCGAGACUUUAGCCGUUCGCCUCGACGGCGUUAGGAGACGCGCUGGUGAGCUCUUAUCAUGAGUCCGAAACUUUAGUUAGUGGCCUCGGAAUAUUAGAGGGGGACACUCUGGCGGCAUUUGCGUUCGUUGCAGGCUCGAUGCCACCAUGUUAGGCUUCGAACGUCUAUGCUGGCUAUUGAUUUGUUCGGUUUUUUGUGGGGGCAUUUUCUUCAAUUUUAUUUUAACUGUGAUGUCUGUGUCAUGUGAUGAGAUGAAGACGUUCAUUUUAGAAACUGAGUCGUGCAGCAUCACCCUGUGUUAUAGAACAUCACACACAAGCACUGGCGGAGCCAGUGGGGGCGGGGGGGAGGGUGGCACGUACCCCCCCAAUGAUCCGAUCGAAAUCCCUAAUUUCAAUUGGAUCAUUUGGGUUUAUUAGUAAUAAAUCGGCAUUUUGCGACCCCCACUGCCACUGUGUAGCACAUUAUUAAGUGCCAAGGACUCUGAGAUGAUAGGACAAUAGUCUGAGUGCAUAAUUGUCAAUAAGUAACAGCAAAGCAGUUAUAAGUGACUCACAGAAUUGUACGCAGUUGCGUCUACAGAACACGACUUCCCUGAAGGCAUCAACACCUUCAGCGAGCGCGAUGCCGAUCACACAACGCGGUUCGAACUCGACCCUCGAUCGAUGGCUGUGCCAUCGCCGCACACGCGUCGAAUAAAAAGCAAGGGACAAGUCCUCACUAACAACUAUCAUGUUUCAUUGCUGGAGGGGAGUGCACAGAGCUCGCCUUUGUCAAGGCACUAUACCAAUGCAUAAGAUAAGUGAACUUAAGUAAACACUAGGGGCAUGAUAUGAGGAAAUGCUCAUCGCUUAGCAAUCAAAAGAAUUAUUUUUUCAGUCUAAGAGCUGGAAUUUUUCCAAAUUAUGUGACAACUAACAUCGAAGAGGCUUUUCUAUGCAGUUAUUGGUGCUCGGGUUGAGAACAUCACACUUCUACACUUGAGACCACAGUUUAAUCACAGGUGGCUACACACGGGUUCAAACCUCGGGUCUCAGCAUUGUUGGCACAGUGCCCUGACCCCUUAGCUACUGCUGACCCAUUAAUACAAAACUUUAACCGAUUGAAACCUAGGCUUCAUAUUUAGCAAGCUAAUAAUAGUCAUCCUGUUGGAUGUUUGUGGCCUUGUGAAGUUGUAAUUCCUCACAACGUCCCACUCGCUGAGCCGACCCUUCAAGUGUUUUAUUCUCAGCCCAAUGUUGCAUAUUGAUGCUUAUGCAUUUGUCUGUGCUGUUAGAAUUUGGGACACAAACUUCCGGCAAUGAAUCGUUGCCCGCGUGCAUCCGAUUGUUCUGUGGCAUUGAGUGUGGCGUAGCGACUGGACCAAUGAAACACGCGUGCCUCAAGUGUUGGGCAGCUUCUAGCUUUUAGGUUCAUGGCCUCGGUUGUGUGGCGACUUGAUGACACAGUAUAUGUGAUGUGCAAUACACUUCUAAACUGUAGAUUUCCUGGGAAACGUUUUGUUUGUUUCAAAGUCUCGUUUUCAUAAUCUUUCAUGUCCGGUUAUUUGAGGCAAUGUUUACUCUGUUACCUUCUGUUUCCGUUUUAGGUAUAGAACUACUUUUUAGAUAAUAGGUUGUACAUUUCACAAGUGAUGCUAUUCCGCCAUGCCACGGCGUGGUAUGCAUGUGUGGUUUUGAGGUUUCAAUGGUGAACUUGUGGUGGUAGCUUGGCCCCUGACUGCGAACGGAAUGUUUUAUUUUACACGCUUUUAGGGCCGACGGUGUUUUUAGUCGAUGUGUACGGCCAUGUGCAUUGGAUCGCACCUCCAAGUAGCACCGUUGGCUACGUUACGGUUCAAAAUACAUGCACAAACGUUUACACAAAUGGGCCUGACCAAUUUUACACUUUUAAAACAGGCAACUUUUUGUAAGCCUCUUGCACAACUCUGACGUUAACAGUAGAAUAAAUAAGAGUAAACCAUCAACGUACAACAUAGUCUCUUAAAAAAUAAAAACAGAUACUUUGUUAAUUAUAUUUUAGAGAGCUAAGUUUGACUGGUAAAGCCGAACGAUAAUUAAGGUGCUCUUUUAUUUAACAGUAUUUAAAAUUGAGGUGUGAUUCUCGCAAUACGUGGUCGGCACCAGGCCUUAUGAAACGAUACUCUCUGGGAACAAACGUAACUGUGAUUCAGGUUCCAAAAGUUGAGGCACAAUUUAGUCGUAUUUGCCAGUCUGUUGUCUUUUUCUGCAAACCAAAGUGCAAAGUAGAAGUGCCUGCUAACGCUUGCGAUCGAAUCGGUGCUUGCGAUUGUGAGAGCGUCAAUAUAUGGAGUCCGAACAAAGACCUCGUCAAACGUGUUGCCUACGGCAUGGCGAUGACGUGGAAGAGGGCCGUCAUCCAGUAGUGGAUAGAACUUGGCUGACAAUGAAAGUGCCUAUAAUACGAGAGCAUAUCUGAACAAAGUUGUCAUCAAAAGCAUUAUCUACAUAAUUUAACUUAACGCCAAACAAAUAUGCACUUUGUAAUUUAGUGCACGGAUAAGUGGGAUUGUGUGUGCCAAAGUUGUCCUAUAACUUGCAUGCGCUUCAUGGGUGAUGAGCGAGUCGGUCUGUCCAUGGGCUGUUCAGUAAGCCCAGUGCCUAAUGCUAAGUGGCAGAACUUCCUGUACCAUCGAUAAAACAGCCUCAAGAGUCCGUUUAAAAACUGAGUCGGUUUUGAUAUUCUUGGCAAUGACAUGGGUGCUGCUGCGAUGGUGUUAUUACUGUAAGUACUGUGAUUUGUUAUAACCCAAUCUGUUGAUGUUGGACCGAUAAUGGUCAACGAAUUAAUGUUUCAUGAUUACCAGCUGUACAAUCUUUAGCAGAUUUGUUUCCAAAGCAUUGUGUGACCUGUUCAUGUGAAAACUCAAUAUGUGAAUAAACAGCGAGCUUCUUCCCAUGCUCA